AGAAAGAACUUGUAUAAUUUUUUUUGGAUACAAGCGAUAGAAGACAGCCGCCAUUGAACUACGGCUAUCGAAAAAGAUUUGUUGUGCAUUUGCUUGGUUGUUGACUGUGUCAUUUUUUGGUUUAAAAAAAUUAUUAUUUCUGAUUCCAGAAAGUAGUUCAAGACUUUUUCGGAUGAUGAAUUAGUUUUUGUGCUCUUUUUUUUUCAUUGUGCAAAUUAAAUACAAAGUGUAUACGAGAUAGAACUGUUCCCUAUCGUUUGAUUAUUGUGGAGUAGACAUUUUUCUUCAUUCCGUACUGUGUGCGCUGUUGCUGUAAGUGUGUGAACAAUAAAGAGUUUUUUUUUUCUGGCUUGUUUCUGAACAUCUCAAACAUCUCGCAGAGAAAUAUCUGUACACUGUCAUUUGCGUGUGAACAAAAAUAUUCAAAAUGGAUACCGAUCCAAGUCGUAUGAUGGGCCAUGGCAUGCCCAUGCAGAGUUAUGGAAUGCCAAAUCCAAAUGAAGGCGCUGAAAAUGAAAAUCAUGGUCGCAAACAAGAUAUCGGCGAGAUUUUGCAACAAAUUAUGAACAUCACCGAGCAAUCGUUGGACGAAGCACAAGCUCGAAAACAUACCUUGAAUUGUCAUCGAAUGAAACAAGCAUUGUUCGUGGUUCUAUGCGAAGUUAAGGAUAAGGCCGUUCUAUCGCUCCGUAACACACAAGAAGAGGAACCUCCAGAUCCACAAAUCUUACGUUUGGAUAAUAUGUUGAUUGCUGAAGGUGUUGCCGGUCCCGAAAAAGGUGGCGGUGCCAAUGCUGCCGCUUCAGCAGCAGCCGCCAGUCAAGGGUCGUCACUGUCUUUGGAUGGUCAGGAUAAUGCAAUCGAACAUUCUGAUUAUCGUGCUAAAUUGGCACAAAUUCGACUGAUAUACCACCAAGAAUUGGAAAAAUAUGAACAAGCGUGCAACGAAUUCACAACUCAUGUUAUGAAUUUGCUUCGUGAACAAAGUCGUACCAGACCAAUUACUCCAAAAGAAAUCGAGCGCAUGGUUCAGAUCAUUCACAAGAAAUUCGGUUCCAUUCAAAUGCAGUUGAAACAAUCGACAUGUGAGGCGGUCAUGAUACUGCGCUCACGCUUUUUGGAUGCACGUCGAAAACGUCGCAAUUUCAGCAAACAAGCAUCCGAAAUAUUAAACGAAUACUUCUACAGUCACCUAAGCAAUCCAUAUCCUUCCGAAGAGGCCAAAGAAGACCUGGCACGUAAAUGUGGUAUUACGGUUUCUCAAGUGUCAAACUGGUUUGGUAACAAGCGCAUUCGCUAUAAGAAAAAUAUUGGCAAAGCUCAAGAAGAAGCGAAUUUAUAUGCUGCGAAAAAAGCAGCGGGAGCAUCGCCAUAUUCCAUGGGUGGUCCGCCUUCUGGUGCAGCAACGCCAAUGAUGUCUCCAGCGCCAACACAAGAUUCCAUGGGUUAUUCGUUGGGCUCAGGUUAUGAUCCACAGCAAGCAUACGACGGUAGCAUGGGUUAUGAUCCAAGUUUGCAUCAAGAUCUCAGUCCAUGAGGAUAAAUUUUGGUAUAUCCAAUUCAAUGGAGCAUGCACACAACGCACUCUACCGCACAUAAAAACAUACAGCCACGAUUAACUGAAGACACUUAGCCAAAUUUAGUUUUCAGCGGUCAAAGUAUUAUUUUCACGAAUGUUACAUUCGGCUUUUUUCUUUUUAAUUCAUUGUUCUUCUUCCCGAAAACUAAAAUGUGAUUUUUUUUGAAAUGAAUUUCUGUUUUAUUACUUUUCAUUGUUUUUUUCAUUGUUUUUUUCAAAUGUCUAUUCGAGAAUUAUAAUUUUGACUUAUAUUCGUGGCGCGUUUUGUUGCAUCUCUUAAUCAACACCAACGAAUGGAUUUUAAAUAAUAAUUAGGGCAAAAGCAUUCAAGUGAAAUCUAAUCGAAAACCAUGUAUACAAAUAACCAAUUAUACGUAAAAAAAUACAGCUAAAAUAAUUUAUACUUAAUAUAUUAUACGUGAAAGCUAUAUUAUUCAAUAAUUCAAAAUGAACAGUGUAAUACGAAUGAAAUGAACAUGAAAAUUAUUUGAUAAGACAAGUCAAUGUAUGCUUAAAAUAAGCAAUUGGGGCCGCGAAGUGUGAAUAAGUCAGCACAUGAAAAGUUGUUUGAGUUUUGAAUUUGUUUGUUUUGAGACAUUUUCUCAUAUGAAUUUUCGCUUUCGUUCUGAAUUCUUUCGAAAAAAAUUUCUUCUAAUUAUACGAUCUGUAACUACAGUAUACGAUUCCUUUUAAAUAUUCAAAAACAAAGGAAACAAAAAUCAAUGACAAAUCUUUUUCCAAAAUCGUUUACAUUUGAUUGCUCAAAUAAAAAAUAAAUAUUCUCAAUAUAUUCACGUAAUGUGUUAUUCACAGAAAAAAAAUUAAACAUGUAUUAUUUUGUGCGAAUCAAAGUUAUUUUUUGACUUGCUUUUGGAUGUUUCUCACACAAAUAUAACAAAAACGUGGACAUACAGUAUCAAAACGCUGUAUAUAAACACACCAAAAUUGAAAUAAACUUUUUCUAAAAAUCACGUUGCCAUUUUGAAUAAAUUUACAUUUUUAUUUUCAAAAUUCCGUAAUACAUUUUUUCCGAAAAAAAAAAACAAGAAAAUAUUAUAUUGCCGGUAUCUUUUCUCUGCUGAAUCUUUGCUAUCCCAGCCUCUAUCACAGAAAUAAUAUUAAUCAGCGGUUCAUUUAAACUAUAAUUUGAAAGAGUGUCGGUUUUUUCGCCCUUGCAAGUGUAAUAUUUGUGUCACAAUUUUCCAAUGAAAAAGAACAUUUGUAUACCAGUAAUGUUUAAUGAUUAAUUUCUAAGUAAAUUUUGACUAACAUUUAUAAAUGUAAUAAAAAUGAUUUUGGUAUACAUAAAAUGUAUUGCACAUACGAUAAAGUACGAGAUUUGUGGUUGCAAUUGUCAAUUUAUCUUCAUCUUAAUUUGAUGAUUGUCAUAGAAACUCUAUAAAGAGUACAUCAUUCGGGUCAAAUGUCAAGUCGGCAACGAGUGAAAAAAUGUAUUCUUAAAAACUGAUAACAAAAAAAAAAAAAAAAAUGGGUGGUUAGUUUAAAUAUACAUUUUAAGAGAUUCAAGCACAUAAACAGAAUUCAGAUAGAAAAACGAACAAAUUCAAUGCAACAUUUUUUUCUCUCGGUAAUUCCAUGUAUACGAAUUAAAUAAAAUUUGAAAUGAAUAAACGAUCAAAGUUAAA